AUGCAUUUUGCGUACCCGCCUCGCAAGAACUCCAACCCUCCGCCCUUCCGGCCCAGGUCAACAAGGCUACCGCUCUGGAGGAGGAGCCGGUCGAGGACGUUUGCCCUCGUGCUCCUCGCCUUCAUCGGCGCCAUAUACCUGCUCUUCGGCCGGAGCAAGCCCAGCCCGUACCACGAGCGUGUGCCUUCCGGCGUGCCCGAGGUCGUUCUCGUCACCGUCAUCGAUCCGGUGUCGUGGAGCGACGAGUACGUGAGCGGCGUCAAGGAGAACCGGGAGAAGUACGGGCAGCGACAUGGCUACGAAGUCAUGGUCGUCAAGGCGUCGGAUUACGAUACCCACGGUGCGCCCAAGUCGUGGGCCAAGGUCAUGGCCAUGCGUCACGCCUUGACAAAGUACCCCGACUGCAAGUUCAUCUGGUACCUGGACCAAAACGCCUACAUCAUGAACCCGACAAAGAGCCUCGACGACGUGCUUCUUGAGCCGACGAAGCUCGAGAGUCUGAUGUUGAAGGACUUUCCCGUCGUGCCGCCCGACAGCAUCAUCAAGACGUUUGCCCACCUCCGUGGAGGGAACGCCGAUCUCAUCCUCGCCCAGGACAAGGAUGGUCUCGCGCACAACAGCGUCAUUGUCCGGAAUGGCGAGUGGGCCAAGUUUUUUCUCGAGGCCUGGUUCGAUCCGCUCUACAGAAGUUACAAUUUUCAAAAGGCCGAGAGGCACACAUUGGAGCAUAUUGUGCAGUGGCACCCGACGAUAUUGUCAAAACUCGCCCUCGUCCCCCAACGGAUCUUUAGCGCCUACUCGCAUCCGGAUUCUGGCGAGGUCUACCAGCAGGGCGACUUUGUCGUCCUCUUCGCAGGCUGCACCCACGAGGGUGAGAAAAGCUGCGAGGCCAUGUCGUCCCAAUACAGGCAGGAGUGGAGGGCAGCCUUUGGGUUGCAGUAG